AUGCCUGGUUUCGACUUCUCCAACCACACUCGCAAUGCUGCACUCCACGCCAGAGGUGUUCCGUUACCAAAAGCCACCAGUACAGGAACUACGAUUGUAGGAUGUAUCUUUGAUGGAGGUGUAGUUAUUGCAGCAGAUACCAGAGCUACCAGCGGACCCAUAGUAGCAGAUAAGAAUUGCGAGAAACUCCAUUAUAUCGCUCCCCAAAUCUGGUGUGCCGGUGCAGGUACAGCUGCCGAUACCGAAUUUACAACCGCCCUCAUCUCUUCACAACUCGAGCUUCACUCUUUAUCGACAGGGCGCAAACCCCGGGUCGUUACCUGCAUGACCAUGCUCAAGCAACACUUGUUCAGACACCAAGGACACAUUGGAGCAUAUCUUGUAGUGGCAGGCGUUGACCCUACAGGUGUUGGAUUGUUCACAGUACAUGCGCACGGAAGUACGGAUAAGUUGCCUUAUGUUACCAUGGGAAGUGGCUCGCUUGCUGCGAUGUCUGUGUUUGAGACUCAAUGGAAGUCUAAGAUGACGGAGGAUGAAGCUGUUCAGUUGGCAUCAAAUGCUAUUCAAGCUGGUAUCUUCAACGAUUUAGGUUCCGGAUCGAAUGUAGACGUGGCAAUUAUCACAAAGGAUAAGACAACAUUGAAGAGAGGUUUCGUUAAGCCAAACGAGAGAAGCAAGAAGCAGAAGAGCUACGUUUUCCCGAGAGGAACUACGGCAGUACUCAACGAAAAGAUCAUUACGAGGGAGGAGAUUAGCAAGUAUGUUACAGUACAUGAGCUUGAGGGCCCGGAUAAGACUCCGAGUCGCGAUUUUGAAAUGAUGGAUUACUUCAACGAGCCAAACACAAACAUUUCCAACAACUAUUCUAAUCCAUCCAAUCAACAAGAAAGGAGCCCCGACUCAAUAGCACAUAAUACACUUCCAUAUAUUCACUCGCCUCCUCAAAAUCAAGCUGGCUCUGUGUCACCAGAUGCCCCGGUAACUUCAUAUAAUGCAGGUACAUCGACGGGAUCCGCACCACGCAUUCGAAGAAGAAAUCGUAUGAUUACAUCAUGUCUUGAAUGUCGACGACGGAAACUCAAAUGUAAUAAAUCACAACCAUGCAGUAAUUGUCUUAAAUUCACUCGAGAUUGUGUGUUUCUUGCACCGGCACUCGAUCAGGCAAGUCAACUCAAACUUACCGAGAUUAAAGAGAAAGUUGGCUCCUUGGAACGACUGCUAGAACGCGAUGUAGCAAAAUACUCAAAUCUACCCGACUCUUCAUCUCAGCGUAUGGCAUUACCUGAUGAUGUAUAUGAUGAUUUACCCCCAAACGAGGAUGAAAAGGAUCUGGAGCCAUCACCACUUGCAUCAGUAGAUGCGGCCUACGAGGUUGACGGAGAUGAUGACGACCUUCUUGAUCUUGGAAUUCAGAUGGGUAAAAUGAGAAUUACAGAAAGAAUUGGUGGAUUGUUCCGCCCUAAAAUCAGUCAAGAGCUUGAACAUGCGAUAAAAGAUUCAUAUGUUGGGGGACAGCCGGAUGUUCCCAUUGGUUUAGCAACACUUCCACCAGCCCAGGAAUGGUUGAAGCCUGGGCCAGCUUACAUUGCACCCACAUCAGGUUUCUUUUUCGGACAGGCUGGACAGCCGGCAUCCCUCAUAGACUUUCUUCCAUCUCGGCUUGCUGCUGAUAGGCUUGUUAAACAAUUUUACAUUGCUGUCCAUCCCAUCACACAAAUUUUGCACCGUCCAUCGUUUGAAAAAGAAUACAAAACUUUUUGGGACGAAGUCUCAUUGGGCAUCGAACCCCCUAAUUCUGUGCAGUCCAUGGUCUUUGCGGUGAUGUUUGCUGGUGUUGUUAGCAUGGACCCUUCAGAUAUCAUUCGUGACUUCGGCGUGGCAAAAGCCAACCUGAUUGAUAACUUCAGACUCGGAACUGAAACCGCAUUGGGCCGGGCCAAUUUCUUACGAACGACUAAGAUUGAGACACUCCAGGCUUUUGUUUUAUAUUUAAUCCCUCUUUGUCGAGCAGAGGUCUCUAGAGCCCACUCCGUACUCGUUGGGGCGGCAAUUCGUAUGGCUGAAUGCAUGGGUCUCCAUCGCGAUGGUGAGAAUUACGGUCUCUCACCAUUAGAGACCCAUGUGCGUCGGCUUAUCUGGCAUCAGCUAUGUUUUCUUGAUAUAAGAACCUGUGAAGCUCAAGGUCCGCGGCCUACUAUUCGUCGGGACGAUUUUGAUACAAAAUUGCCGCUAAACGUAGACGAUAAUGACCUACAUGCUACUGGCGAACUUCCGCAGACCGCGGAUCAUUGGACAGAUGCUACUUUUUCAAUAAUAAGAUUCGAGAUCAAUGAAAUGUACAGAAUAAUUUGGGUGGACAGGCCUCGAAUUCAGAUGCGAAAAAUCAGUCUAACGGCUGUUCUUAACAAGAUGGAGAAAUUUCGACAAAAUAUGACUAGGUAUGACAAGCUUGCGGAUGAUCGGAUACCCAUUCAAAAGUACGCCAUGAUCGUUAAGUCUCUCCUGCUUUCUCGAAUGUAUGUUAUGCUACUUCACAGCUAUCAUAGUUCUACGCAUCAUCGCAUGCCCGACCGUUUGAGGAAAGUUUCGAUAACAUCCGGCCUUCAGACUAUGGAGAGUGCAAUAGCUUUGGAGACAAGACCGGAGCUUCGACAUUGGGAAUGGUAUACAGGGGCGUAUCAACAAUAUCAUACAGCCUUCCUUCUUCUGAUGGAAGUAUAUGUUCAUCCUCAGAGAAAGGAGGCAGAUCAGAUAUGGUCUUGCCUCGACUAUGUCUUCGAGUGUGACCCCUUCCAGCCGCGACUUAGCAAGGCAAGGAAAAUUCUGUCUGAAUUGCAACAGAAGACAGCUUUAUAUCAAAGUAUGAGAGGUAUGCGAGCACCAAUGACUAUGAACAAACAUGUGGGCCACCAGCGACCCCCUAAGGCAACUUCGGAGGAAGCAGCUGUAGUAGUGAAUCUUGAGCCAUCUUCCUUUGGAAAACUACCAUUAUCUGACUCGGAUGCAAUGCUCUCUCGAAUCUCGAAUGAAGAACCUUGCGAGACUUCUUCAGGCAGACAGUCCAGUGAGGUGAGCAGUCCAGCUAGCAUCAUGGGACUGCAGAUGAUUUCUCAGCCACCAAGUAUCAACGAUGAUAUUAUGGCCGACAUAGAUUGGGACGCAUUUGAUGCGCUGUUUCCACCCGAUCAAGAGCUCGAUGGCCCGAAUUUCCUUUUUCCAAGUACAGGGAUCGGGUUAUCAAUGUGA